UGCCUCGCCUCCUUUUUAAAUUGCGUCAGUGAUUGUUUUGAAUAGAAUCUUUUUUUGUGACUGUACUUUCAAAAUCAAGACUUCUGAUUGGUAUUUAUCCCGGCGACGCGAGAUGAAACUGAAAAGUAUCAGGUGCCAUGUGUUGUGCCCGGAGUAAACUUUCAUACGCAUGCCGGUUGUAUAUCGCUAACGUCUUAGUCAUCUUAUCGUUGUUAUUUGACUCUGCAAACUUCGCUGUUGUGAAUUAGUAUUCUAAACUAACGUGGCUUCGCGCUUACAUGCAGUUUAGAUCCGAAAAUUCUCUACUUUAUAUCUGCGUAUUUCGGUAUUUAUAAUUCUGUCUACUUGUGGCCUAAUGUUUAUUAAGGAGCUGAGCAUUGACUGAAGAACGAGCUGAAAAACAUUGGUCAACCAUCUCCAGGUCUUGAAUCUGGUCACUUUACAUCUGUGAAUGAUAUAUUCUGUCAAAGAUUCUUUUGUGCCUGUCAUGUAAAUUGUUGUUAAACUUGGCAAUGGCCGAAGCAGUAGAUCCAAAAGUUCUUUCGGCGAACUCGACAAGUGUUGUUGACAAAUUGCACAGCAUGCCAUGGCUCAAGAUUAAUGCAUCCAUAAACGAAAGGGAUACAAAACCUGAGGAAAAUGACGGUAGGUUUCCCCGAAGCAAAAAUGAUGAAGACUAUUUUCCUGGAACUAAAGAAGUGAAAAAAGGAAAGAAAAAGAGAGAGAAAAGGGGGAAAGUUGUUCUAGAUCUAGAUAAUCUGAAUGAUUAUAUGACCUUGACGAAUCAAAAAAUCCCCCACGCAAAGAAGUGUGAAGAAUCUCUACCAAACAUAUGUCACACUGAGAAACAAGACACACAGAAACCAUUGGGCACCAGCUCUGAAAAUGCUGAUCAAGUUGAGACUAUUUGGACAACCAACACUAGUACUGCGAACAAACUAUUCCCAAACGUGAAUUCAGUAAGGAUCGAUAGAAUGGAAGAAGAAGAAAUGUUGAGUAUGGCACUUGCGGAGAGUAUCAUCACCAUUCAACUGGAGCAGUUCAAGAAAACAUCACCAGAGAAGGUAAAAGGUCGAUGGGAAGAGCUUUACGAGGACAGUGACGACGGAGGCUGGGAUAAUGUCCGAAGAAAUCUGCCGCCAGCUGAUAUAGAUACUCAAAGUUGCAAAGAACAAGAUGCAAAUAAUAGUAGAUCGUUGCGUGAUAACCGGGGGUUAUCUGGUAUAUUACGCAAUAAAGAAAGUUAUUCUGCCUCUCUUGUCUAUAAUUUACCAGCGUUUCAAUUCGAACAAUGCUCUGAAAGUUCUCAAGAGGAAUUAAAAACAACUCGAUCAGGAAAGUCUGUAGUUUUCAGUGAUUCAGUCUCUGCAAAAACUGCUUCAAGUGAGUCCAGUAAAAAUGAUGAACAUUAUGAGCAACUAUCAAAGGAGUCUGGUAAUAUGCCAGGUAAAAAUAAUAUGCAACCAGAUAUUGAUAAAUAUGGAAGAAUAGGUGGGUAUUCAGAACGUCGACUUUUUAUGGGAAAAGGAGCUAGAAUGAAAGAGCAACUGUACUUAGCACAAAAGUAUGGAUUGAAGUCAAGUUCACAGUUGGUAGCACAGUCAAUACCAGCUCUGCCACACCCGAAAAAUUUAGAAUCAAAAACAUCUAUAAACACUGCUGAAGAAUCCUCAACACAAAAGGCAACACUGAUUACAAAAAAGACGCAGAUAGAUCCAAAGAUGACCACAAAGGAUUCAGAUACAAAAAUUGUUGAUCGCAAUGCAAAUAAAACUAACAUAUGUGAGGUAUCGUCAAAAUUUUUGUCAGAGCCGAACUCAGGCAAUGAAAGUACCAUGAAAUCUAGCGUUGGCCAGGUAACUCAAGCAAAACUUGAACCACAAAAAUCUGUUUCGAAAGAAUUGGCAACACAAAGUAAACCACAGGUGUUAGAAAUGGUGGAAAUGACUCAUAAGGUGGUUGAGGAGGGGAUAUUGAUAAAAAAAACACCAAUUGAAGUAAAACAGGAUACGUGUGCUGAAACAGAUUUGUCCAAUAAACAAAAAAUCCAUUCUGCAGCAGAAAAACAAGAAAAACCAUCAACGACAACGAACUCUCUCAAUAUUAGUAGCAGUCUCCGUAACGAAAAUAUACCGAAAAACGAUGCUGUUCAUACAGAAGACUCAUUGAGAUUGGUUCAAACCAACGACCAGCGAACAACUCCAACCAAAAAUGACCAAAAUUUAACAACCAACUUUUCUGACAUUGUAAAUAGAAUGAUUGAUAAUGAUGUCACAGAAAUACCAGAUUCUAGAACAGAAACGGACUCUGACACUCGUUGUUUAGUAGCCGUCGCUCAAGGCAUACAUGGAUGUACCUCGAAUACGUCUGCAACCAAUCCACCCUAUACAGAACCACCUCCGGCGAUGGUGUUGGCCACGAAAUGUCCAAAUCCGGCUUGCCAAAAUUUGCAUUUAGCAGGUGUGGUAAAUCCAGAAUCAUUUUGUAGCCAUCUGAAUUACGCAACUGAGAAUUAUCAAAAUGUUCAGAAUUUCGUAAAUAACAAUUAUCCACUUCAAAGGCUACAACCAGCCCUGUGCUCUGCUUCCUCAAACAAAUCUUCACCUCAAACUUUUAGUGAUAUCAAUCAUGAUGUCAGUUACGCUUAUCCAAAUGUUCCUCCUGAACAAUCAUGCAUUCAAAAUACAUACCCUAUGAAUAUGGCUGUUCCGACUUAUGUAAAUGUGUUACAACACGGGUAUCUCGCACACUCCGUUCCUCUGCACCAUACACCAUAUGAGACCGAUAGCUUUCUCAUGGAUAAUGCAGAAAAUAUAUUGUCAAUCAGUGGCAUUCAAGAGUUACCGACAACUCCACAACACAGUGAAUCUCCAUUCGAAAUCAGUGCAGCAAAUGAUCCCUUAGACGGCAAAGCAAACCGAGUUCCCCAAGCUCCUCCUGGCUUUGUUGAAAAGUUACAGCUUCUUCCCGAUUCUGAGAAGACCUUGUCACCAGCCCAGAGUCCACCAUUACAUAAAUCUCAUGGCAAACCACCAUACCAAAGGGGUACAUCUCGGAAAAAUUCAUCUGGUAUUGGACAGCAAGAAACGGCCAAGCCACAGACUCGUGAAAAGGGGAAAAUACCCUAUGCCAUUCUAGGAGCAUCUCAAAGUGCAGAUCAAGUUCACGUGGAAGCCAGACCUGCCAAAAACCGAAAACCAUCCAACUCUGGCUCUAAGAAGCAUAAAAAUAUUGCGAGAUCAAAUAUGAAUAACAAUUAUUUGUCAUUGAAUAAUCCGAGUACAGUCACGGGAUUGUAUUAUCGGAGCACUAAUGUUCCUUUGCCAAACACCAUUCAAUAUCCACAUCAAAACCCUCAUCAAUCUGAGGUGAAUGCACCCAUGUAUUAUGUGCCACAUAUGCUUGAUGUACAAUCAAAUGUCGAUCAGAAUUUACGUUACGAGAGCAGAAACUGUGACCCUUAUGCUGCAAUGAAUCAUCCCAUUACAUCGCAGCCUAUGAUGCAGUGUCAACUUAUUGAAACUGACAUGUACGCCGAUUACAAUAUGAAUCAGCUACGUAUGGGUCAAUUCAUGCCAGAUGUAUCCGCUUCUUCCUAUGCACCCCAAGCUGUCCCAACUACAGAAAAUACGCCUGUAUUCAUUGAACCUCGAAUCGGCAGAGGACGAGGAAGGUUGACUCAAAGAGAUUUUUUGUAAGCAAACCAAAAGUGCCUGAAAUAUUCUCUGUUUAAGUUUCUUCUUUUUUGUUUUUGUUUUUCUUAGCUUUUAUACGUAUUACUCGUACAGUAUUAUUUUGAAGUAUCGUUAUCUUAUUCAUUGUUAUUGGAUUACUACAUUUCAUUAUUGCUGUUGCUUAGCAAAUAUUAUUUGGACAUUGGCUUUAUCAGAAAAAUUUCAUCAUUAAUGUUGAAAUAAGUCCAAAAAAGUUUUUUGUUUUUCGUUUUCUGUUGUAUAUUAUUAUAUAUACAUUUAUAUUCUUGUUACCAAAGUCAGUGGUUACAGGUGACCACACCAGCAAAAGUAUUCAAUGGCAUUAGGCUGUAAAUUUGCUAUCAAAAGACUGAGAGCCAUAACAAAAUCUUUUCCAUGUACCAUAGAGUCUAUGCAUGUAGUAUUUUUCUAACAUCAGCAAAGCUCAUCCAAGUUUUAACUUCAUCAAUUUGGAAUAGUUUUUUCUCUAUUUGCAAUACAGUUCAUUUUUCUAAAAGUGGCUGGAUCACACUUGUGUGAUCAAAGUCAACUAAAUAUUCGAAGCAGUAAAAGUUUUGAUAAUUUGAGUAUGAAAGGGCAAAGUGCUCUACUUUCCCUUUGUCGCUAGAAUAAAAAGCUCAUUGUUCAUAGUGCUCAGAAUUAUGGCUCAGAAUAUUAAAUAUCACAGAUGUUCCACAAUGUGACAAAAUGUAUUCGGUCGAAAUUCCAGCUGCUAAAUAAUCAUACUUUUAUCACCGUUGCGAUUACUCUGAAAAAAAAAAAAAAAACGAAAAUACAAUUUCCUACAGAUAUAUUAUAUUUUUUGUUCAUAAAUAUGCUAUUUUUUUAUUGUUACGAAUCCAGAGUCCAAGCAUUGAGAUUCCGAGUAUAUAAAUGUGACUUGAAAUAUAUUUACUUUCAAAUACUGUAUGCAUGUCGGUGGUGCCACAAUCAGAAAAAGUUACAUAAAUAAAGGACAGUGUCCCAAAAAUAAAAUAAAAUUCGUGCCAUUUACGACGUGUGAAAACGAAUGAUCGAUCAGGGUUUGGCGCAAACAAAUAGAGCUCAUUAAAAUCAGUCAUCUUUAUUCACUUUACGGAUAAUGAAAAGGUUUUUAUACAUAGACGAAUCAUGGAAUACGCUGUAUAAAAAUUAUUUUCGCAAUAAAAUAUUGAACAUGUUCAUGAAUAACGCA